CCCGAUAUAUUAUGCAUCGUUCCUUGAAUCGAACUGCGAGGCGACUCGAACCUCUCGCCGUUCCCCACUCCCGUCAUCCCCUUCCCGACUCGAGUCACCCAAGGCAGUUGAGCUGGUCUUCGCCUCCGGCCGCAACUCCUCCUCGUCGGCAACAACCGCUUGAUGAUCUGAACUCCUCAGUCCUCCCUCGCAGCACUCCCCGGCAUUACGACGACUACCUGAACCUCCUCAGGUCCUUCGUCUCCCGGAAGGCGUUAGAGCCCGGGAAGCAGCUCCACGCCCGCCUCCUCCUCUCCGGCCUCGGCUACAACGCCAUCUUGGCCACCAAGCUCGUCGAUCUGUACUGCCUGUGCGACCAUGUGACUUAUGCGCACAAGCUGUUUGACAGAAUUCCUAAGAGAAACUUGUUUCUGUGGAACGUCCUCAUCCGAGCUUACGCUUGGACUGGGCCCCACGAGGUCGCCCUCUCGUUGUAUUACCAGAUGCUCGACUGCGGCCUCGCGCCUGAUAACUUCACGUUCCCGUUCGUCCUCAAGGCCUGCUCCGCCCUCUCCGCGCUCGAGGCCGGGCGGGGGAUCCACGAGCUUGUGGUAAGCACCGGCUGGGAAACGGACGUGUUCGUGGGUGCCGCCCUGAUCGACAUGUACGCCAAGUGCGGGUGCGUCGACCAUGCUCGAGAAUUGUUCGACAGGAUUCCGAACCGAGAUGUCGUGCUUUGGAACUCCAUGAUCGCCGCCUACGCUCAGAACGGGCAUCCGUCGGAGGCGCUCCUUCUGUGCCGUGAUAUGGUGGCGCGUGGGUUCACGCCGACUCUCGCUACUCUUGUGACCGUGAUCUCCGCUUCGGCCGAUGCGGCGGCUCUGCCGAGAGGGCGGGAGAUUCACGGAUUGAGUUGGAGGCGCGGGUUUGAUUCCCAAGACAAGGUGAAGACCGCGCUCGUGGAUAUGUACGCCAAGAGCGGCUGGGUGAAGGUUGCUCGUGUGCUCUUCGAGCAGCUCGCAGAGAAAAGGAUUGUUUCCUGGAACUCCAUGAUCUGCGGGUACGGCAUGCACGGCCAUGCGGACGAAGCCCUUGCCCUGUUCGACAGAAUGAGGGAUGAGGAUCAAGUGCUUCCUGAUCACAUUACUUUCGUCGGCCUCCUCUCCGCUUGCAACCAUGGAGGUCUGGUAGAUGAAGGGAGGAGCUUCUUCAACUCGAUGUUGAGCGAUUACCGCAUUCCACCGGCGGUGCAGCAUUACACUUGCAUGAUAGAUCUCCUUGGCCACUCCGGCAGACUAGCUGAAGCAUACAAGCUCAUCCAAGACAUGACAAUGGCCGCCGACUCUGGAGUAUGGGGUGCUUUGCUGAACGCCUGCAAGAUCCACCGGAAUGUGGAAUUGGGGGAGCUGGCACUGCAAAAGCUGAUCGAACUGGAGCCGGACGACGCAGGGAACUACGUUCUUCUAUCGAACAUAUACGCACAAGCCGGGAAGUGGCAGGAAGCCGCCGAGGUGAGGAAGCUGAUGACCGACAGAGGCCUGAAGAAGAGCAUUGCCUGUAGCUGGAUCGAAGUGAAGAACCAGGUCCACGCGUUCCUCGUCGGCGAUCUGUCGCAUCCCAGCUCGGGGGCGAUAUACGCAGAGCUGGAAAGGUUGGAAGGGCUCAUGGCGGAGGCUGGAUACGAGCCGGACACGAUGCCCGUCUUCCACGACGUGGGCGACGACGAGAAGAGGAACAUGGUUCGCAGCCAUAGCGAGAGGCUGGCCAUCGCAUUUGGACUCAUCAGCACGCCGCCGGGGACGACGCUGUUGGUGACGAAGAACCUGAGAGUCUGCGAGGACUGUCACACGGCCAUCAAGUUCAUUUCGGCGAUUGUUGGCAGAGAAAUCAUAGUAAGAGAUGUGAAUCGAUACCACCAUUUCAAGGACGGCGAGUGUUCCUGUCGAGAUUAUUGGUAGCCUGCGAACCCAACAAUUGCUGCUGUAUUUUGCCUAUGUGAGUUGGACACCGCUAUUUAUAUUUACGUGUACUGAUCAUUCUUUGAUGCUUAUGGUAAGAGACACGUGAGGCUCACGUGAUAUUCCGUGAUUUGAUUUAAAUUGGGCUCAUUGGAGGCUCA